UUUAAACUCACAUUCGGACGUAUCACAGUAAACAUAGAAAGCCAUUACAUAGAUUUUUAUUAGCGUCACUGUUUGUAUAGAACAUUUUGUUGACACCACUCUUAACGUUGUAAAUGGAAAAUAGCGAAAAUGUUGGUGUUUAUCUUAUUUUCGACGCUUUCAUUUUUUUUCAUUGACUAUGAAGCGAAAGAAAACGCUUUAAAGUGUGUUGCAUAAAUGGAAAACAACGCUAAAAUUCUCUGAAGGGGCUUCCCGGCUUCAAUGUGAAACUCCCCCUCUCUUCGAGGUAAACAGUCACCUAAGCCCCUCCUAGCUGUAUUUCUAGCCUGUGGAAGAAAAGCUGCACAUGUUUCAGUGAAGUGUCAUUCUGUGCUGCGUGACCUGUUAUUCCGGUUGAGAUUAAUGACACUUAAAAUGACUGACUCUCUUGAAAGUUUUCGCCCGUGGACCAUAGAAAUGUCAGUAUACUGUGUGUCCACUUUGUUUUAGAUUUAGAGGGGAGGCAACACGUCGAGAUGGAUUACAAAUUUAAUGAUGGAAUAGAACUCCUUUUGGCUCACAUGAACAUAGAGGACAUUAUCACUGCUGCCGAGACACUGUAUCAGCUUGAGGAGGAAGAGGAGGCCGAAGAAGGGGGCUUGUCCAUGGAAGAGGAAGGACUCUCCCAGGAGGAGAGGGAUGAGAAUCUGGAGGCGGUAGGCACGAGCAGUGAGCUGAAGGAUUUUUCCGACGGCGCCGGUUGUGUCCGAUACGGAACAGUGAAAGACCUCCUGUCUUUUGUCAACCUGUUGUCCAACAUGCAGGGAGCGGCCCUGCAGAAACUGCCUAGAGAGCCGGAGGAAGCUGACUUAACGUUGCUUUUAUUUGCACUACAGGAGGACAUGGCUGUGAAAAACGGUCGUUACCAGAUCAAUAUGGAUGUUGUGCUGUUCCCUUGGAAAUUGACAUAUAAGGCUCCUGGUUCUGGCCUCGUGCCCAAGGGUUCAUUUGGGAAGGUCCACUUGGCUCAGGACACUGCUACCAGGAAGAGAAUGGCUUGCAAGCUGGUUCCAGUGGAGAACUUCAGAGCUGCCGAUGUGGAGUUCCAGGCCCGGUUCCGACACGAGAACAUUGCUGAGCUCUACGGCGCUUUGCUCUGGGACCAGAAUGUGCAUCUCUUCAUGGAGGCCGGAGAAGGUGGCUCCGUCCUGGAGAAGCUAGACAGCUGCGGGCCCAUGAGGGAAUUUGAAAUAAUUUGGGUGACCAAGCAAAUAUUGCGUGGCCUGCAGUACCUGCAUUCGCAUAACGUCAUCCACCACGACAUCAAACCUAGUAACAUAGUCCUAAUGUCCAAUAAGGCAGUGCUGGUGGACUUUGGCCUGGCGGUGCAAAUGACAGAGGAUAUUUACAUUCCCAGAGACCUGAGAGGAACAGAGAUGUAUAUGAGUCCGGAAGUGGUUCUGUGUCGAGGACAUAACACCAAGACGGAUAUAUACGCCAUGGGCACCACCAUCAUUCACAUGCAGACAGGCAGCCCCCCUUGGGUCCGCAGAUACCCACGCACCGCCUACCCAUCCUACCUAUAUAUUAUCCACAAACAGGCACCACCCAUGGAGGACGUUGCAGAGGACUGCAGCCUGGCCAUGCGUUCCUUCCUGGAACGAGCCAUGGAGAGGAACCCAGCUCUGCGGAGCACAGCAUCUGAGCUGCUGAAGGAUCAGGCUAUCAACCCUUCAAGGGAGGAUCAGCCGCGCUGCUGGAGCCUCGACUCAGCGCUGGAAGAGGCUAACCAGGCCAUUUUACGACAACAGAGUCAGCAGCAUGACACCACAGAGGAAUUAUCUCUGUACUCGGAGGGCUCGGGCUACAUGAGAAGAAAGGGCUCUUUGUACAUUGACCUGGGAGCCUUGUCAGGCUAUGGUAAACUAGUGACAGGACCUCCCACUGCAGAAUAUGGCUGAAAUGUCACAUAUCAAGUAAUCAUUGCCUUUUUGUCUCUUUAUUCUGCCACUGCGGGACAGUGGUGAAAUUAAAUACAUUGGGGAUUUUUUUUUUAAGCAUUAAUUAUUGUUACCAUUAUCUGUGAAUGCUUUUAUAAAGUGUGCUAAUUUACACUGUCAUUAUUAAAAUGUAUGCUGUUUUCUGAUAGUCCAAAAUCGAAGACGAUCAGAAAGAGUGCAUAGUUGCAUUCGCAUUGUAAGCCGCUUGUUAAAAGAACAUAGCCAACGUAGUUCUACUUGGACUUUAUCUUGUUUAUUCCUGUGGAAUAUCACUAUCAUAUUGCUAUGCAAAUGUUGCUUUAACAAAAUGUAUGUGCAGAUUUGAACGCUUGAGUUUGAAAAUGUCUCAGCAAUAAAAUAUUUCAGUGAA